AUGGAGGCCCAGCAGCAGCAGAACCAGGAGAAGCAGCAAACCCCCCAACCCCAAUACCAAAUCACAUGCAAGGGGAAAGAAUAUCUCGACCGCACCGCCCAGGUUCUCACCGACGCCUUCCUGGGUGACCCGGUCUACACCUGGCUGCUGUGCGAUUUCCCGCUCGAGGACCAAAAACCGGUCCUCUACAAGCUGCUGCGCUCCUUUUUCACGGCGGGCUCGCUCAACCAUGGCAUGUUCAUCGAGGUCGACAACUUUGGCAGCUGCGGGCUGCUCAUGCCGCCGGGAUGCAAGGUCGACAACCCGUUGACGCUGAUCCCGGCCGGUCUGAUCUCGGCCUUGUUCACGAUUGGGAUUGGCGGGUGCAAGCGCGCCGUAUUUGAAUACGGCACGGCCACGCACGCCAUGAUGCCCAAGGUCCUCACAAAAGCCGAGCAGGACAAGCACUGGUACGUCUUCAUCAUGGGCACCGCCGUCGACCGGCGGAAGCAGGGACUUGCCGGCGCCCUGCUGCGCUACAUGCAGGACUGCGCGCGGAGCGACGGCCGCGUGCUCUGGCUCGAGGCAACGACCGAGUAUUCGCGCGACCUGUACAGCAAGCACGGCUUUACUACGGUCGGCGAGGUCGUGCUAGGCAAGGGACAGGUCGGGCCGGGAGGGCUGCCGAAGAAGGGCGGCGAGGGCGUCACCAUUUGGAGCAUGUAUUGGCGGCCUUGA